AUGGUUAGUGUGAACAUUCGAGGUGUGGACGUGAUGUUCCCAUUUUCUCCAUAUGAAUGUCAGUUGGCGUAUAUGAAUAAGGUCAUUGAAGCGAUUGAUAUGAAAUUCGACACAGCUCUAGAAUCACCGACUGGAACAGGAAAAACAUUGUCGUUGCUUUGUUCAACGUUAGCUUGGCUUCAAAAACAGAAGCUUAUGCUUCAAGUGACUUUUCAGGAUGUUGCCACCCAGAUGGCAACAGGGUCCAUACCUUCUCUAUCUACAUUCCUUCCACGAGUUUACUAUUGCUCAAGAACUCACAGUCAAUUAGCCCAAGUAGUCCGAGAGUUAAAUCGAACUAUGUACAAAGACAUCCGGACAACAGUUCUUGGUUCACGAGAUCAGCUUUGCAUAAACGAUAAAGUCAGCAAACAGCCAGAUAGUCGAUUGAAAACAGCAAUGUGUCGCAGCCUGGUUUCGAAGCACACCUGCUAUUACUACAAUACCUGGGAUAGAGCUUCGCUGGACUAUCUUAAUGGAAUUUUUGCUGUGGAAGGAGGAGUUCCCGAUAUCGAGGAUAUGGUCGCAAUCGGACAAAAACAUAGCAUAUGCCCAUUCUAUCGGUGUCGGCAAAUGCAAGAAACAGCUGAAUUGGUGCUACUACCGUACAACUACAUUAUUGAUCCUCAACUGAGAAAAAUUCAUAGGGUUGACUUGUCGGGGAGCAUUGUUAUAUUCGACGAAGCCCACAACCUGGAGAGUGUUUGCGAAGAUGUCGUGUCUGUCGAAUUUUCGUCAAUAAACAUAGCUUUAGCUAUUGAUGAAUUGAAAGAAGCUAUACAUUGUCUGCAGAGUGAUACUGAAGAGCUUAGAGCACAGCUGGACAACUCAUCACAAGCAUUUAGUAGUGGUUUGAUCGAAGCAGGAAAACAAAAACAAGGGCCGCCGUUUGAAAUCAGCGAAGCAGCGGUUCUUUUGAGUAUACUCUUUGAGUUAGAAGUGAAAAUAGAGGAAACUUUCAACGAUAAAAUGGGGCUUAAUUUGGAGGGUAUUCCUGGAAAGGUAUUUCCUGGCAGUCGCCUUCUGAAGACGUUUGAGGAUGCUGGAAUUUCAUUCGAUAAAGCUGAAGUUUUCACCAAGUUGUUGAUGAAUGUUGUUGAUUAUUUUCAAAGGGAAACUGAUUCGAAACCUUUAUCUGCUGAACGGGGAAAAAAUCUGGAACUACUUAGAAACUUUAUAUCAGUGGUUUACGUCAGCAUCUCUAAGGAAUCUGCUUUAGCUAUCACGAAUAAAACGCACGUCAGAGACAUAAAAUGUGAAAAAGUUUGCUUGGACACUAACCAAGUUGGACAGCAUUUUAAACUUUAUAUGGUUAAAGAAGAAGGGACAUCAACAAAGCCUGCUACUACAAUUCUGAAAUUCUGGUGUUUUACAUCGGCGAUUGCAAUGCGAUCAUUGAAAAUGAAUGGUGUAAGGACAAUUAUUGUUACGAGUGGUACAUUGUCUCCUUUGGAGAAUUUCACUAGAAAUAUUGGACUUGAAUUUGGGAGCACUUUGGAGAAUGGACACGCGGCAAAAAGUAGCCAAGUACUCGCUGGAAUUGUCAGCAAAUCACCUGUUACUGGAUGUGUUCUGAACGGUAGCUUUUCUCAAAGGAAUCGAAAUAGCUAUGCUCAAGGUAUUGCAGAGUCUAUUUUAUCGUUAGCGAGUUCUGUUCCCCAAGGUAUACUUGUGUUUUUCGCGUCGUACAGCCUCAUGUACCACUUGAUAUCAAAGUUCAAGGAAAUGAAAUGUAGGAAAGGAUCAUCUAAAAGCUACUAUGAUUCUAUGUUGGAAGCAAAGUCUAUUGUGGUAGAGCCCAAACAAAAGAACACCUUAUCUCAAAUACGACACGAGUUUACUCAAGGUGUACGAAAUGGUCAUGGUGCUAUGUUCUUUGCUGUUUGUAGAGGAAAGGUCAGCGAAGGAAUCGAUUUUUCUGAUGCAGAUUCUAGAGCUGUCUGUGUAGUUGGCAUACCAUUUCCUCCGUUGAUGGAUGUUAAAAUUUGCCUUAAACGACUGUACAUAAAUGAAUUGGCAGCGAUGGAUAAAAGUGCUCAAAGUUCGGACGAAUGGUAUGUGACGGAAGGAUACCGUGCUGUUAAUCAGGCUAUUGGACGUGUGUUAAGACAUGUGAAUGAUUUCGGUGUCGUUGCGUUGUUAGACGAGAGAUUUGCGACAGUACGACGUGAAUAUUUCCCAUCAUGGCUAAGAGGCUCCAUGAAAGUUUUCAAUGAUGGAUCCGAUAUGAUAGUGGCAACGAACCGAUUUUUUGCUGAGCGGAAGAUGGAGGUAAAGAAAUCCUAUGUCACCUUAAUGCGCAAUGCUAAAAAAGAGAGUGGAGGUGCAGGUGCUAUAAGGAAACGGACUAACGCUAUGUUGACAACUGAUGCGGUUGAUAAAGAGUAUGUUCUGGACUAUGGGAUUUAUUCAUGUGCGCCUAUACGUAAGGAGGAACCAAAUACCAAGAAAACGCUUGCGGGAUCUGGCAGUCUGCUGUCAAUAUGUGAUGAUGAAGUCCCUCGUAGGAGCAAAUCACUUCCAUUAGUCGACAAUUUUGAUGUUAGCACAGGGUUGGAUCAACCGUCCAGUAGUUCUCAACCGAUUAGGAAGAAGUUAAAGUUGAAGCGCACUCUAAACAAUCCUUAUGAUGAGUCGAAUGCGAUUCUACAGAAAAAGUCCUCGUCACUACCAUUCUGCUACGAACAGGCGUCAUCAAUCACUCCUAAACAAUUCUUUGAACUUCUAACAAAAAUCAACAAAUGUAAGGAUGUAGCCGUCUUGAUGAAACAAUUCUCUACUGGGGGAAUCACUUUCGCAGAGCUUCUCAAACAUUUGGAGGAGAUAUUAUUACCUGACUUUCCACAAGUUUUCCUUGGCUGUUGUUCUGUCAUAGAGAAUGUGGAGCAGAAGCAAAUCCUGCUACAACGAGCACUAGCUUUGAGUUUAAAAUUUUGA